AUGAGCCAGCCCGCUUUCAAACACCAGCCCUUGGAUGACCCCGCCGAACAGAUUCGCCUGGUUGAAGUCAUCUCCCAGCCUGAUACGCCUCUGGAGCUGUCCCUAAGUAUUCACCAAAUAACUCAAGACCCCGAUUACUAUUCCAUCUCAUACACAUGGGGAGAUAGCGGUCUCACCGAAGAGAUCAUAAUCAAUGGCCGACCGACGAUGGUGACCAAAAACUGCCAUUACGCUUUGACGCAUGCUAGCGAUAGGUAUCCUUCACUUCCUGGAAAGCCUAUCGUCAUUUGGAUUGAUUCGAUAUGCACAAAUCAAGAUGACAAUGACGAGAAGAGUUAUCAAGUGGCCAUGAUGGGCGAUAUAUUUACCAAAGCAUCCAAGGUAUUGGCUUGUGUUGGUCCUCAUCAAGAUAGCAGCCAAAUGAUUUGCAAUUUCUUGGAUAGUCUCAUGACGCUCAAUCCAGAACUUUUCUGCCACCGGGAGGAAUUUACAUCGCCAAACUCCACAAAUCUCUUUGGUGAUGAUCCACUGCCAAAAGUCGAAGAAAUUCUACAAAUGUACCUUCAAAAUUCGCCGGCGUCAAGGCAUGACUUUCCCAUCCGGAUCGUUCAUGCUUUCUCCGCGUUUGCCAAUCGGAGCUAUUGGAGACGGGUUUGGAUUAUCCAGAAAGUCGUGGCGUCAACUAGAAGCGAUGGUAAACUUGAAAUUCUCUGCGGCUGCGAUGGCUUUUCAAGGUUCGAGAUUAAUAUCUGCGACUUUAUCUGCCGCGUUACUUGCCCAGAAUUGAUUAUGGAUCUGAAAGGACAAUGUUCCAGUAUGGGACUUGGCUUAUAUUGUUGUCGAUUCGUCUUGGGUUCACAUGCAGCAGUGCCUAUACCCGCCAGAAUGCUACUUCAUAGGUCAACACCUUUCCGAUGUGCAAGGCUAGAGGAUAGAGUCUAUGGAUUACUACCCCUGAUCGAAUUGCCAAAGGGAACUACACCUGUUCAGCCUAUGUAUGAGCCCUCGCCUAUUUUAGAUCUAGCUCAGUUAUUCAUUCGCACCAUGAAAUCGCCUAGUACAGGGAUCUGGGACGUUCUCAACGCACUCGAGGUUUAUCACGAUCACAAGCUCUUUAGGCCCCUGGUGGAAGCUAGGAGGGGAAACCCGCCUCAGCCCCUUGGACAGGGCCAGUACCCGCCCCUAUCGUUCAAAUUGGAGGCCAGGGUCACGACAAUAUUUCUGAACAGCCACGGUCAGCUUUCUGCUAAUCUUUCUCGUAACGGUUGUUUUCCCUUUGAAUUUAUGAGUGAUAUAAAACCUGAACUUGAAGGGGCUCCUGAGGGGACGAGAGAACUGUUUGCUGGCUCUGAGAUUGGUGCUUUACUCUGCAGUGACGCUCAGGUAGGCGACAAGAUAAUCGAAGUAACAGGAAUUCGUGAACUACUUGUGUUGAGCCGCAGUCCGGGAGAAAAUGAUUACGAUAUUGUCGGUCAAGGCCUGCUGUCUUUCGGUUACGGACUUCCAUGUUCCUUUCCAGGACCAUCAGCAGGGGGCGAGUUGAAGGAGGUUGAAGCACAUGGGGAGGGGAAUUACGUAUCCUACUGUGUGCUUGAAGCCGAGCCUAUCGAUCUUAUAGUGUUAGAGUGCCAGGAUCGCGGUAUUAAUAUGUCUCGCAUUGAAGGGAAGAAAUUGGAGAGGUUGGCAACCAAGAUAUAUGGCAGAGUCAAGUUGAUAGAGUAA